CAUGCAAGCCCUUUAGCAGAUUGAUCACUCUGACCUGCGCAGCCUUAUGCCCUACAUGUACCCUAGCGCCUCCAUCAACAGCAACCUUGAUCUUGUCAAAGAUCAAGCCCCGUGGUACUCUAUACGGAGACUACCCCAAUCAUUCACCCCUUCCGGAUCGACCAUAUCUCCUCGACCGUAAGACUGACACAGCUUGCAAGUCUCGGCGACAAUGGCAAAAAAGAAGAAGCCCGCUGCAAACCCUGCCCGUGGGUUUGCCACUACUUCCGUAGCUAGCAAGCCAAAGCAGGAGAAGGUCGUUGGAGCCGAUGCAAAAGAACCGAACAAGGAAAGGGUCACCCCACUAAGCCAAACUCCUCAGAUUACAGUUGAUCCUCAGCCCCAAUCGAAAGAGGUCGUGCAGACUCCAGAAGAACUAGAGGCUCAGCUUGAGCACGAUGGGCUUCAAUUAUUAGUCGAAAAACAUGCUUCCAAGACCCGGCGAGAGUUCCGUCGACAAGUCUCGAAGAUCCAUACAGACCGGAGAACUCUUCGCCCACAGUCCGAAAUCAUGUCCGUCCGUGAUUGGCUCUCUAGCGACGUGUUAGACAAUGUCAUUGCUCUUGCUCAGGAAGAGUCCAACGAUCCCAAUCGAAGACUUGGACAAAAGUCUCUGCUAAAGGUCCUCCCAGAAGAAGAUGGGAUAUCUAAACUCUGGACUUUGGACCUAGUACUUCGUGAACUCGGCUUCACUCAUGUCAAUAUACAGCUGGUCAUGAAGUGGCUUUGCGCAAACGCUGUCAAUAUUGAUUCCACUGCCAGCAUCUGGGGCUUCCAAGAAGGACUAGAGUGGCUUGCGUUGGAUCAGUGCGAGGGUCACGCGUUCUCUUACGAGGAGCCGAAGACUAAGCGAUUCCUUACCAAUUCCCAGAGCACAUCGAGACCAGGAACGCCUAUUUCGAGUCUUGAAAUGCGGGAACCCGCUAGGGAUUCCGACCACGAAACUUCCACUAACCCAACCUCUAACCUGGCGACACCCUCGAUCUUAACGCCUGCAGAGUCGGAUCAUAGCGAUGUUUCUGUCAGCGACCUGGAUAGUGACAUUGAGCCAGAUCAGCUUGUCCCAACCUACCUCAAGAUCAAGGGCAAACUUUUUGAGAUUGACCCAGAUCAUCUCGAAUAUCGUAGUCGAAAGCAGGCCAAAGCAUCGAAAGGGAAGAAACUCCCUCCUUCCAAGAAAUUCAAUCCUACAGCUGUUCAAAAACUUGAAUCACAACUCAAACAGCUCGAAUCAGAUGGCCUGUUCGACCAAUACGACGCCGAUGUGCAGUGGCCUGCUCUGCGGAAUCGGAUCGCUCAGAAUAACGCUAACGACAAACGGCCGCAACUUCCUGAGUCCGCUCAACCUUCACAAAGCGACAAUGGAAGUAGCACGGCAUUAGUUCCUACUGAUAGCCAAGUGGAAGACCCAGAAUCUGAUCCCCACGGCCUCUUCCUUGAUGAGGAAUCUAGUCUGUUGGGUGAUAUGUUUACAGCGAUUCCGGAUGAUGCAUCCAAGGCAGGGGCGGAAAGCAGGAGUAGUCCAUCCUCAACGACCAUGUUAAAGGACUUUGGGAAGCAGAGUGGAAUGGCUCCGCGAAAACUCCUUGAGGAAACUGUGCGAGCAAGGGAUUCUCAUGCAAAACUGUCAUACAAACUUAUCUCAGAAACGGCCUACUCAUGUCGACAUGAAAUGACUGUUAAGUGGUCUAGGGAUCAAGAUAUCAUUUACGAGGAAGAUAUGCCUGGGAUUGAAUGCACUGUGCAAAAUCUCUGGGUUGUCUUCAGAGCAUUGACCGUCUCUACUGUGUCGGUCGAACAGAGUGAAAGCUUUAUCGCUACAGCAGCCCUGUUCUCGAUGUUUUGCUCCUCUCCACGUGAGGAGAAAGCUCAUCUCAGGCUUCCGUCAAAUUGGAGAGACCUGUAUAAGGACUUCCUCGAACAUCGACAAAAGCGACUUGACUCAGCAGACCGCAACACUAUCAAGCAUCUUCGCUCUAUCAUCCAGGAUCAAGUGGACCAUGAGGAGUCUGAUGGUGUGGUACUUACUAGCCGGUUCAAGAUGCGAAGCCAACCAAACACAGCGAGCUCAGUAGCUUCCAAGUCAACACCCGCGAGUUCUCAACUCUCAGAAAACCUCCGUAGUUCAUGGAUACAGAAGUCUACAACGCCAUCGUACCAGCGUAUGCAUUUUACCCGAGCUACACUUCCUGUUUUCGAGUUUCGCAACGCGAUUUUAUCAACCAUCAAGCAACAUCAGGUAACGAUCAUCUGUGGUGAAACGGGGUGUGGGAAGAGUACGCAAAUCCCAUCCUUUAUUCUUGAGCAUGAACUCUCAAAGGGUAUGCCAUGUAAGAUAUUCUGUACCGAACCGAGGCGUAUCUCUGCGAUAUCUUUAGCCCAGCGAGUCAGCGAAGAAUUAGGCGAAGGGCCUAGAGACCUUGGAACACCUCGCUCCUUUAUUGGGUACGCCAUCCGCCUCGAGAGCAAAACUACUGCACAGACCAGACUUGUGUAUGCUACAGUAGGAGUAGUCUUGCGUAUGUUAGAAUCUUCCGGUGGUCUGAGUGACCUUACCCAUUUGAUUAUUGAUGAAGUCCACGAACGAAAUAUUGAUACCGACUUUCUGCUCAUCAUUCUUCGCUCUUUGAUGGUUCUUCGGCCAGAGCUGAAGGUCAUCUUAAUGAGCGCGACCGUCGACGCCCAGCGAUUCUCCAAAUAUCUCAAUGAUGCUCCGAUCUUGAACAUUCCCGGAAGAACAUACCCCGUUCGAACUAAAUAUUUGGAAGAUGCCAUUGAGUUCACGCAUUACGAUGCAGCAUCAGAGGAUAAGCUAGAUGAUUCUGAGACUAGCGGGAAUGAGGAGGAGGGCCUAAAGGAGAAGUCAGGCAUUCCAAGCAAGCUUCCUGGCUACAGCUCAGCUACACGCAAUGUCCUCUCGAGCUAUAACGAAUAUGCUAUCGACUACGACCUAAUUCUUCGUUUAAUUGAGGCCGUUGCAUACGAUGAGCAAUUCAGCCGUUACAGCAACGCCUUCCUAAUCUUCCUCCCAGGUAUAGCGGAGAUUCGUCAAGUCAACGAUAUGCUCACGGGACAUCCUUCUUUCGACAGGAAUUGGCUGAUAUACCCACUCCAUUCCACCAUUUCCAGUGACGAUCAGCAAGCUGCGUUCCUUCUUCCUCCUCCUGGCGUCCGGAAGAUUGUGCUUGCAACCAAUAUCGCUGAGACAGGUGUCACCAUUCCUGACAUAACCUGUGUGAUUGAUACUGGUAAACACAAGGAAAUGCGCUUCGAUGAGCGAAGACAACUGUCACGCCUCACUCAGUCCUUCAUUUCUCGAGCCAACGCUAAGCAGCGGAGAGGCCGUGCUGGGCGUGUUCAGGAAGGACUUUGUUUCCACUUGUUUACAAAAUAUCGACACGAUAAUCUUAUGACCGAUCAACAAACCCCCGAAAUGCUCCGGCUCUCCCUACAGGAUCUUAUUAUGCGUACCAAGAUCUGCAAACUCGGGGACAUAGAGAAGACACUAUCUGAAGCUCUAGACCCCCCUUCCUCGCGGAAUAUACGACGAGCUAUCGAUGCACUGAAAGAAGUUGAUGCAUUGACCGCAAGUGAAGAGCUCACACACCUUGGGCGCCAAUUAGCCAAGCUUCCGUUGGAUGCGCAUCUUGGCAAACUCGUCCUUCUGUCGAGUGUAUAUGGAUGUGUUGAUGUUGCCAUCACUAUUGCGGCUAUUUUGUCGUCGAAGUCGCCAUUCCUCACUCCCUUCGGCUCGAAACAAAGAGCAGAUGCAGCUAGAUUUGCGUUCAAGAAAGGCGAAUCAGAUCUCCUAACCGCAUACAACGCGUACAAGACUUGGAAAACUGUCUGCACGACACCCGGGCGGUCUGAAAUGCAGUUCUGCCACAAGAAUUUCCUGAGCUCACAGAACCUUGGCAACGUCGAAGAUCUAAAAGCUCAGCUGCUCUCCUCUCUCUUCGACGCCGGAUUUGUACAGCUCUCACCCGAAGAAUGUCGAGCACUCAGUCGAUACCGCAGCACGAAUCGACAGCGCAUGUUCGUCUCGGUUCCGACCCAGUACGACAUCAAUUCAAACAACGAUAUCCUAGUAAACUCAGUUGUUGCUACCGCAUUCUAUCCCAAGAUCUUAAUCCGCGAGGGAAAGGGCUGGCGCAAUAUCUCCAAUAACCAGACAGUUUCACUGGCCCCGACAUCCGUCAAUAAAGUCACUUCAAUCAAUUCUUCGUCUGCAAAAUACCUGUCUUAUUACCACAUUAUGCAAUCCAGCAAUAAAUUUUACAACGCACAUUCCACCUCCAUCGCACACUCUCUCCCAAUGGUCAUCAUGGUCGGCGCAGACAUGGACUUCAAGCUUCACGCUGGUGUCAUUAGCUUUCCUGGCAAUGUAUUGAAGUUCGCUGUCAAAGAUUGGAGGGUUGCAGUCGCGUUGAAGGUCCUGAGGAGGCGGAUCAAGGAGAUUGUGAGUGCAUCAUGGAAGAAUCCUGGCCGGCAGAUGUCUGGAAGAGAGAAGGAAUGGAUGAGACUUCUCUUCGAGAUGUUUGACCGCCAACAGGAUAAGGCGGAGGGGAUUAAACGGAAGACAUAGCCAGCAGAAUCGAUAUGUAGGAAGUUCAGGGGAGGGAGACGGUAAAACAGCAUGCUAAUGUAUUAUUGUCUUCCAUGUAAU